AUGGCUAACUUGAGUACACUUUUUGGUUGCCUUGCCAUCAUCUUCUUCACUAUUGUCGCACCUGCUUCAUCGGCCUCUCAAUCCGUCGAAUGGUCGCUCGGGAAGGACUAUAGCUCGUUGGCUACCGGAAAACCCUUCGCCGUUGGCGAUACCAUCGUGUUCAAUUACGGUGCGGGUCACACGGUGGACGAAGUGAGUGAAAGUGACUACAAGAGUUGCACACUGGGGAACGCAAUUUCUUCCGACAGUAGUGGAACCACAAGCAUAGCUCUCAAGACAGCUGGUUCUCACUACUUCAUAUGCGGUAUCCCCGGCCACUGCGACGGCGGCAUGAAGCUCUCCGUCAAAGUAGGUGCUGCAGCCUCUUCAGGCGGUGGUGGAGACGGUACCGCCGCCAAAAACACACCAGUAGAAGGCGGAAAAACUCCAACGUCAGAAGGUGGAAAGGCUUCUCCUUCUGCUUCUGCCACGGCCAUGUUGAAGCCAUUGGAGGCUUUGGCUGUGACUUGUGUAGUUGCAUUGUUAUAUGGUUUGGCUCUUUCUUAG